GGAUCGAUAAGAGUGUGUACUGUUGUACUUAUAAAUAGUAACAUGUUGGAAAAACCCUGAAUCAAAUUUAAGUUUUCAUUGUUUUAAAAGGAAUAAGUCGGCAAAAUGGCAAAUGAUCAUAAACUAUUGUCAAGAUGCGUAGCCAAACUGGACAGUAUGUCACAUGGAUUAACAGAGUGUCGCCCGAAAACCUUAGAAAAGUUGAAAAAUACACUCAAAAAGGAAUCAGAGGUCAUUUUUGUGAACCAGAUUCUGAUUUAUUUACUAACCACGGAUAGUGCAGUUCCGUUAAAGAACGAGGAAGUGGUUCAUAAAACAGAUUCCGAUCUGGACAUCGCAAUUGCCGAAGCGGCGUUUAAACGAGCGCAGGAUGAAGGGCGACAUUUCUUUGUGUUGCCUUGUGAUUCGGAUUUGCACAUUGAAAUCGAAAGUAAAGUGCACGACUGGUAUUCACAGAAACUUCGUAUGAUAGACACAGAGAACCCAGCUUUUGCAAUUGCAUCAGCAUGCAGCGUUGACUCCCAUUUAGAUGUCGACAAAAUCACGAGGCAUCUCGAGCACCUUGACAUAAUGCACCAGUGGCUGGAAUUGGUCAGUUACAAAUUUCCGGACACUGUUUCUCUGAAUGAACUUUCAAACGCGUGGGAGAAAUGGAUAGAAGAGAUUAAAGCUAAUCUUGGAAAGGCAUCAGCCUGUACAUAUCAUUUGUUUUCUUCGUUUAUUAAACAGGCCAAUGAUUCUAUUCAGAACGCCAGAAUUGAAGCAAUAGGAGCGUACUGUGAGGACAUGUAUAUAAACAAAUAUCCAGCAUAUAAAUCGUAUCCGAAGAAUCAACCGAAAAUUGAGAAAAUGGAAACUAGCAACGAUUGUGGAAAUCAAAAUCAUCAAGAAGAACCAGCCGACGUCGAAGAAAGAAAACAAAGUUUGUUGAAUUCGCCGCUCUUUUUAUGGCCUGUAGGAAUCGAGCCGGAAGUUGUGCAUGUUAUUCUUAAGUUGUGGGCAACGGAAAAGAAACCGGAAACCUUGCAUCAGUUUAAAACUUUUGUUAAAAGUGUUGGUCACAUUACGUAUGUUGCGUCGCCCAGGUAUGUUCUAAUGUCAAAGAUAUCUAAGGAAAACAAAAUCGAUGAAGGAGAUGAGAUAACUCUGAAUGUUCGACUGGGGUCUUCUAUCUCUGUGAAGACGUUCCAGCUAAAUAAUACAAGCGCUCUAGGGUCCGUUUUGAUAUAUCCUGGAAAACGUAAACCAGCCAAGGGAAAAUCAUUCCAAAGAAUUCGAAGUAUGUUUGACAGGAUGGAUACGUCUUCGGAUACUUCCCGAGAAACGCUGCGUGGAUUUCAGGAAUAUAUUUUAAAGACCGUAAAGCAAUUAUCACAACGCACCGGGGCAAUUAUGUUGUUUGACGAUGCAGAAGCUAAUGAACGAUGUAGAGACAAUCUACGUAAAUAUUUGAGUUCACUUACCGAGUGUAACGGUGUGAGCGGAAAUGAAUUCUCUAACGAAAUGAUGAAGUUGGCUUGCGAACAAACCACAGUUCCUAUAGAAAACUUGAUCAAUCUUUUACUGAAGGCAGGCUACCUGCAGAUAAACGAGGUGGACCAGUCGGUGACAUACACGCCUGGUUACAGAAGAAACAAAUUCAUCGACAAAGCCGGUGCGGAGGCUACUUUUCUGAGGGGAUGGGAAGCAUUCUAUAAGCAGACGGAAGAACCGUCAGACAUAGAAAUGGGCAGCUACACAAGGAAGCGAAAAUUCCAAAUGCCACUAUUCACCCUAAAAAGACAGAGGUUGAUAGACAUUUAGAACUUAAGUUAAAGGUCUAUUAUGCCUAGGAAAGCUUAUACAUUUGUAUUUUCUUAUUAUUGAUGUCAUGUUACAAUUUCAAAAAAGUUACUCAUUUGCCAUCCAGCUGUUAGUCUUAUUCCUCUGUUGCUUUUCGGUAAUUAUCUUGCUUUUCGGUAAUUAGUACAGUUAUAAUGAUUUUAAGUUUUUUUGAUACCACUUGCUUAUUUUGCUGCUUAUACUACAACUAAUUUUACGUUCAACGCUCCUAUCAACAGGUGAUAAGCAUUUAAUUAACAUGCUCUAAAUAUCAAACCCAUGUUUGCUCUUUCUAAAUAAGGAAAAAAAUGUUGUUUUUUUAGACAUUAUGUGCCUUUAAAUAUACUAUAAUACUUUAAACAAUUCAUUGAUGCUGCAAUUAAGUUUAUUACUUUACGAGAGAGGCGAAAUGGCUUGGAUGAUUCAGGGGUCUGUGCCUCAGUCAAAAAUAUCGUAUAGGAUUUCAACAUUUUCUCACAUAACACAAGCUCUGGUUAGUUGCAGGUCGAGAGUUUGAGCCUCGUUGCUGUCAUCACGAUCGAGCUUUUCCCUGAAUUUCUUGAAUGAACUUGUCAAGGUUCCAUUUUUGGAACUUUCCAUUGUCAAUUUUGGGGAAUUCAAGAUGAAAGUAAAAGUUGGUCAGCCAACUGUAUAGAGUCUGGUCAGACGUCACGGGCAUGCAUACCAUACUUGUGGCAAAGGCUAAUCACUUUUGCACCCAACAAGACAAGGGUUGAUUGAGUUUACUAGAAUUUCAAUUAACCUCUUUAAUUAUUUCUGAAAAUAGCAUGUUUUGCAUUGUUCUUGUAUGUUUUAUAAAUUGAAUACUUUUAGAAUUGCAUUGAGCAGUUUUUAUUUUUGUAUUAUUUUUAAUAAUUAGUGAUUUAUUGGAUGAUUUUACUGCCAUAUUGGUUUAAAUUAUGAAUUCUACAUGUUUAUUCUGUACAUUUUUUAUAUGAUCAUCAUUGUAAUCCCCUUUAAUUACAUUCAAUUUUAUUCCCAACUUUUUUCCGAAUUUUAAUUUCAGAUAUCAUUUUUUUCCAAAUUGAUACUGAAAUUCUCUGAAUUUCUGAGAGUAUGUAGAAAAACAGUUGUACCAUUUUCUGUAAAUAAAAGUCUAUGUGAUUUAAUUUGAGCUAUGAAUGAGAUAUGUUUGCUAUAAAUACACAGUAUUAUCUUUACAAUUUGUUUAAAACUC